UUAAUUACUUUUUUUUGCUUGUGAGAGAUCUGCAUUGGUUCAGUGAUCAUAAUGUUAAAGGAGAGUAAAGGGCAACAAGAAGGCAGCCAAAAGAAGCCUGAGUUUAGCUCUUUUGCCUCUCUCUCUGUCUAUCUCUCUCGUUGAGUGCAAGUAAGCGAAACAGAGUGGAAAGGAAGAGGAAGGGAGGGAAAAAUAUUGGAAUGUGUCAGUUUUAGUUGCACAAGUAGGUUUAUAUACGUCUACACCAAUGGGCUUGAAUGUGGUACCUGCAACAGUUGGUGCUUCUUUCUUUGACAUACGGAUUCUUUUGUAGUGAUCUUUUUCUAGCUAUUCUAGAACGAUAGUUGUUUGUAGCUUGACUUUUAUCGAUAUUUCCUCCUCCUCUUCUUCUUCUUCUUCUUCUUCUUCUUGUCCUGCUGUCACUUGUAGAUGUUGUUGAUGGUGUUGGCAGUCAGAAUGUGAAUCUGCUCUCCGUUUAAGCUUUUUGGAGGUAGCUUCUAUUCGUUGAUGGGGAUUUUGGGGUUGGGUGGAGUGAAUGAGAGAGGUGGUCUUCGUGGCUCGGGGAGUAUGGAAGCCGUGAGUUACUUUGAAGUGGACGUCAAUGGCCGACAGAGCUUCUUCAUUGACAAGGGAAUUAUAUCAUCCUAUUCAGGUAAAGUUUCCCAAAUUUUCCAACAACAAUCAGCCUCUGUUACCAAUCUUCAUGGCCGACCUCCGAGAGUCGCACUCAAUGAUCUUCCGGGAGGAUCAGAAGCAUUUGAGCUGUUGACAAGGUUCUGCUACAGCAAUGGAAAAACUCAUAUAACUCCUUCAAACGUUUGUCGCCUUCAUUGUGCUGCCAUUUUCAUGGAGAUGACUGAAGAGCUGCAUACGAACAACUUGGUCACGCAGACUGACAGAUUCCUUCAGGGGAUGGUGUAUUGGACUUGGUCGGAAAACUUGGUGGUGUUGAAACAAUGCCAAGAAUUUAUAGCCCCUGCAACUUCAUCCGGAAUCCUGUAUAAAAUCAUCAACUCUAUGCUACUAAAGCUCGCUGCAAAUAAUGAAUCAAGCCCUUCUAGUUCUUCUCCAGAGAGUUCAUCUGUCCGAUUUUCUUGUGACACAAAAAGCAGUGAAUUCGCGAAGAACUCUGGCCAAUCCUGGUGGUUUGAAGAUUUUUCUGGUUUAAGUACCCUGGUUAUUGAGAAAUUUAUCAUGGAAAUGGUCCGCCACAAAAUCGAUAAUCUUAUCAUCAGCAGGUUCCUGUUUUAUUACUUCAAAUCCCGCUUCCCCUCCUCGACACCUAUCGAGAAACUGGAGAUUACAGAGGCAGUUGUAAAUCUGUUAAGUCUGUUAGAUAAGAACUCUAUUUCUUGUAAAGGGUUGUUUGCAAUUCUAAGAAUGACUUCUGGUUUGGCAAUCAGCAAGAGCUGUAGAGACCAGUUAGAGUCCAUGAUCGGUUCACAGCUUGAUCAGGCAACACUGGAUAAUUUACUUUUUCCUGCACCGGUUAAAAUGGGGUCUCUCUAUGACGUGAAUCUGGUAUUAAGAUUUUUGAAGUCCUUCAUUGGUGGAGAUGGGAUCUCUGCAACAGCACUGAAGAGGGUUGGGGUCUUGAUGGACAAAUAUAUUGCUGAAGUAGCGCCUGAUUCUUCCCUAAAGCCUUCAAAAUUCAUUGCUCUAGUGAAGGCUCUGCCUGAUUCCGCAAGGGAGUCAUAUGAUGAGAUUUACAGAGCCUUGGACAUGUAUCUGGAGGUACAUGCAGGGUUAUCAGAAGAAGACAGAGUGAAGAUUUGCAGAGUUUUGAAUCAUGAGAAGCUCUCGCUAGAAGCCUGCAAACACAUCACCAAGAAUUCGAACAUCCCCUCAAGGGCUGCCAUUCAGGCAGUGAUCUCUCAGCAAUCAAAGCUCAAGAGCUUACUUGAGGGAUAUGAUCACUUCUCAUCUGACAUUAAUACUACCCCUCUUAGUUACAAAAGCAAAGUUAGCAAAAGCACUUGCCAUGAAGUAGACGAUCAGAUCGUUCUCUUGGCAAAGAAGGUUGAUUUGUCAAUGGAGAACGAGAAACUGAAAGCCCACUUACAAGGGAUGCAAUGGAAGGUGAUAGAGCUGGAAAAGAUGUGCAAGAAAAUGCAGAGCCAAAUGUCCAGAAUGAUGAUGAAGAACAAAGUAGCGAGCCAUGGAAAUGCAAGGCUGCCUAGACUCUGCUCUUGAUAUUUGUAAAGUUUUUUUUUUUUUUUUCUCCUUGUUAAAGUGUAUGAUAAGGAAAUAUUUGAUUAAUGCUUCUAUAAGAUUGCCAUUUUCAUUCA